AUGGUACCGCAGUUCUACACACUCUUGAAGAAGUUCAUUGCAGAGUUCUACGAGUUCACCGACCAGCUGAGUGAGAACGAAGAUUUCAUCAUUCGAUCGACCGACACCUUGAUAAGAAAGAUCAACGAAGUACUCUAUAACUUCUUGACAAUGUCCAGUGCAGUUCCACAAGUAAUACAAAUCGUUGUGAAUCUCGAUCAUCUGCUGGUGGCAUGUCAGUUCUUCAAAGAGUAUCUCAAUUCGUUGGUACUUGGUGACUCUAAAUCCAACGACCAAUCGCUAAGUUCCUCCAAUAAGGUCAGUCUAUCUUCAUCGAAUCAACUAUACACCACCAAAGGUCUUGGUGAGAAACUUAUCAUCAAACUCUGUGAGAGAAAGAUUGAAGAUCUAAUGUCAUCGUCUGCCAACAUAAAUUGGUCACCAAUAGCAUCUGACGAUCGUCCAAGAGAUUAUAUAGAAGAUGUAAUAACAUUUUUAGAAUUUAAUUUACCAUUUGUACAACCAUUAUCACAUCAAUUAAGAGAAGAAUUUAUAACAAAAGCAUUUAGAAAGAUUUCAGAAACAUUAUCUAUUAUGAUACAUAGUGAUCAAUUAAAGAAAUUCAAUUUAUGUGGUGUUAAAUGUUUUAAUGCAGAUCUAAAGAGAAUAGAGGACUUUGCAAAGAUAAAGGCAGAUGAGAAAGAUAGAACAACUACAACCAGUAGAAAUCUGGUUGGAUACUUCUUUGAACUCAGACAAACCGUUAAUUUGUUGCUCUCUGAGAAUCCAGAGGACUUUGCAGAUUCAAAGAUCAGAUCAUACAACUAUAAUCUAUUGACAAACAUACCGGAUUUGAUCAUUCUCUUCCAAAAGUAUAAAGAAGAAUCAAAAGGUUUCUCUCAACCAAAGGAACAGAAAGAUAGAAACAACAAAAUCGCAAAUGCAAUUCGAAAGUUUAGAGAGAUGGUAUAA